CAUAUUCUCGAGUUUUCCAAAUUACUAACGAAUGAUAGCCAGGAGUACUGUCAGUCCGGCGCUGAAAAUCGGCCUUCGGUUGCUUGGCGUAUGGCCGGGUUUAGCGCAUUCUACCGUUUACUUGCUGAUUUUUAUGUCGAGUAUACUAAUCAUACAAUAUUUUCAAUAUUUAUACGUACUUGAACACUUCGAGAUCAGCGAGCUUUCGAAUCUCGUCGAUGGCUUGUCCUUGACUUUAGAUUACAGUUUGUCGUUUCUCAAAUUGUCCAGUCUAUGGAUACAUCGUCGAGUUUUUCAUACAAUCCUGACUGCUAUGGACGACGACUGGCGCAAAUGCAUCAACAUGGAUCAGCAUUUGACUAUGAUGACAGUUAAAGCUAAUAUAUCUCAUUUUUAUUCUAACGCUAUGUUGAGUUUUAACGGAGUUGCCGCAGUACUUUACGUUUUGAGCGAUUACGUAAUUCGUUUUGUAUAUUCAAGCAAAGAUUACAACAAUACCUUGCGACAACUUCCCAUCAAGGUGCUACUUCCCUUUGAAACUGAGCAAUCGCCAAUAUUUGAGAUAUUGGUCGUAAUUCUAUUUCUACAUGUAAUAUUAAUCUCGCUUACAGUCGCCGCUAUAAAUGGAUUAAUUUUUACUUUGGUGCUUCAUGUAAGCGGGCAAAUCGAUAUAAUAUGUCAAGAGUUCAGAAACAUUUCUAAGAAUGCUUUCUCCUAUCGAUCUUCCGCAUUUAAUUUAGGAAUGCUGAUCGAAAGGCAUAAUAAAGUCUAUGCAUUUUCCGAGAACAUCGAAAAGCUCUUUUCCUUUAUUGCAUUGAUGCAAGUUGUUUGCAAAACUUUAGUCAUUUGCUGUCUAGGAUUUAUUAUUAUAAUUUCUGUUCAUAAUGAAACCGAUGUCUUCGUGUUUACAAAAGCUAUUUUAGCUUACUUUGCCGUAAUGAUAGAAUGCUUCAUCAUUUGCUUUGCUGGAGAAUAUCUUAGUCUUAAGAGUAAAUUGAUCGCUGAUGCAGCGUACGAAUCAUUGUGGUACGAUAUGCCGCCGAAUCAGGGUAAAAUUAUAUCAUUCAUGAUAAUGAGAUCCCAGAGGCGACUGUCGAUCACCGCAGGGAAAAUGAUGGAUAUGUCAUUCGAAGCUUUGACGAAUAUCAUGAAGGCAUCGGCGUCAUACGUAUCUGUCUUGCAUGCGAUGUAUUGAUACCAGAAAUGCAAUAGUGAUAAUUCAAAGUGAUCAUUUAGAAACUGUUAAUUAUUUAAAGAAAUUAAUCAUUAAACUGUUGUUAAUGACUUAGUACUUGUUACUUAAAUCUUUAUACUCAGAGUAACUUCUAAAACUCUUACAAAUUACGCAAUUUUAAAUAAUAUUUAGAUUCAAAUUGCAAA